AUGUCCUUCGCAGGCGCGCCCGCAAAUGAAGACAGCGAGAGCUCGCUUCCCCCUGGAUUCAGGUUCCAUCCCACAGAUGAGGAGCUCCUCUCCUUCUACCUACCCCGCAAAAUCGGCAACCAGCCCAUCCCGCUUAACGCGAUCGGCGACAUUGACAUGUACGGAUUUGAGCCAUGGGAGCUUCCGGGAAAGGCGAUGGUGUCGCUUAAUGGUAGCGAUGAGUGGUUUUUCUUCGCGUCGCGCGACAGAAAGUACCUCAUGGGCACGCGCGCCAAUCGGAUGACAUCAUCCGGCUACUGGAAGGCCACGGGGAAAGAUCGGCCCGUGUACGCCUCGCGCAAGGAGGGAAACGAAACCCAAGGCGGCCGGGAGGAGGGCGAGUCGGUUAAAGAUGCCAAAAGCGGCCGCAUUGUCGGGUAUAAGAAGGGCCACGUGUUCUACAAAGGCAGGGCGCCGCGGGGGGAGAAGACGGCUUGGGUGAUGCACGAGUACCGGCUCGUAGAACCUAGUGACGACCCGGACUCGCUGAUCGGUAGCACUGUUGAGGAAGCUUCGCAUGGUGGCGCCGUUAGUGGCAAGUCAAGUGAGGGUGGUAGGAGAGUAGCGUCGGGACGAGCGGGGGUUCCCAGCCCCGCAACACACCGACAGAAGCAGCAGCAACAGCUACUACAGCAGCAGCAGCAAGGGACGUCGACGUGGGUGGUAAUUCGCCUCUACAAACGCGACGCGAUCCCGUUUCAGGGCGACGCGGCGAAGCGAAGCAAGCUGGGCAGUCUGAGGAAGGGACUUACAUCAUCGCACCACGUCAAGUCGAUGUCUUUGCCUUCGUCCCCGCAGGAACUCGCGUCCGCCAAGUCGUGGCCCGCUUCGGACUCCCUCGAUGAUGGUGUGGAUGCGGAAUCUGCGGAGGAUGACGUCACCGCUGCCGAGGAGAGUGAUGGGAUGAAUGCGGCGCCUGUAGCAUCUGGCGAGGGACCCAUUGAAGCCGAUCUACUGCAUGGUAGUAGCAGACUCGUGACGCGGGUUACUACCGCGAGCUCUGACAUCGUCGGCAGGCACAGCGAGGAGGGUACAUUCUCCAGAGACGACGGGAGAAUCAGUGUAGUGAAAAGUGCGGGGGAGGCUAGUAACAUUUGGAUGAGGAUGGACAGUGACGGAGGGAGCGCUCCUGACAGUGGACUCUUCUCAACGGAACCACGAAAUGCGAACGCUCAGCCGCAACUUGCGAUCACUGCAAGUGGCAGCAGCGAAAACCCACCGAGCUGGAGUUUCCAUGGGUCAGCGCCGGUGGCACGAGUGCCAUCGGCUCACACCAUCGCGUCCUUGGAAGCGCUUCUGCUGGCAGAUGAUAAUCCGGAUGUCACGGAACAUAACGAUGGGCCGUCGGGAGUUGCUGGCUCUCAAGCGGGCUAUGACCGCAUCAGUUGCUCUUCUGCCAUGGGUGCAGUUCUCCACUCCGCAGGAGCAGCUUGA